AUGAGCUCUCCUCGGGAGCGGGGUGCCGAUCUGGCCCGUUUCUACACUGUCACCGAGCCCCAGCGACACCCGCGGGGCUACACGGUGUAUAAGGUCACCGCCCGGGUUAUUUCACGAAGAAAUCCAGAGGAUGUCCAGGAGAUAAUCGUGUGGAAGAGAUACAGUGACUUUAAGAAACUACACAAAGAACUAUGGCAAAUUCACAAAAACUUAUUUCGACAUUCAGAAUUGUUUCCUCCAUUUGCUAAAGGAAAAGUGUUUGGGCGAUUUGAUGAAACCGUUAUUGAAGAGAGAAGACAGUGCGCUGAAGACCUGCUACAGUUCUCUGCCAAUAUUCCUGCUCUUUAUAACAGUAAACAGCUUGAAGAUUUUUUCAAGGGUGGAAUAAUUAAUGAUGGUUCUGAAUUGAUUGGUCCUGUUGAAGCUUAUUCAGAUUCACUCACUGAUAGUUUUCUUGAGUAUAGUACAGAAGGCUUCUCCAGUGACAGUGACCUGAUAUCUCUUACUGUUGAUGUGGAUUCCCUUGCUGAGUUAGAUGAUGGAAUGGCUUCCAAUCAAAAUUCUCCCACUAGAACUUUUGGUCUCAAUCUUUCUUCGGAUCCUUCAGCACUAGGGGCUGCUGCUUAUGACAGUGAGCAGAACAAGACAGAAGAACGGGAAAAUCGUAGCCUCUUUCCUGGCAGUUUAAAAUCCAAGCUUGGCAAGAAAAAUUAUUUGGAGAAAGCAGGAGAAUUCAUAAAGCUGGCUUUAAAGAAGGAAGAAGAAGAUGACUACGAAGCUGCUUCUGAUUUUUAUAGGAAGGGAGUUGAUUUACUUCUAGAAGGUGUACAAGGAGAGUCAAGCCCUACCCGGCGAGAAGCUGUGAAGAGAAGAACAGCAGAGUAUCUCAUGCGAGCAGAGAGUCUCUCUAGCUUUCAUAGAAAACCUCAAUUUGAUGAAGUAUCUCAGCCUCCAGGAUCACUAAGUUCAAGGCCCCCUUGGAACCUAAGGAGCCCUGCCGAGGAGCUGAAGGCCUUCAGAGUCCUUGGGGUGAUUGACAAGGUUUUACUUGUAAUGGACACAAGGACAGAACAGACAUUCGUUUUAAAGGGUCUAAGGAAAAGCAGUGAAUACAGCAGGAACAGAAAGACCAUCAUCCCCCGCUGUGUGCCCAACAUGGUGUGUCUGCACAAGUACAUCAUUUCUGAGGAGUCGGUAUUUCUUGUGCUGCAGCACGCAGAAGGUGGCAAACUGUGGUCAUACAUCAGUAAAUUUCUCAACAGAAGUCCUGAAGAAAGCUUUGACAUCGAGGAAGUGAAAAAACCUGCACUUAGGAAAGUUCACCUGCAACAGCCUACUUCCAGUCUUCAGGACAGCAGCAGCUUUGAAUCCAGAGGAAGCGAUGCUGGACCCACGCUUCCAGUUCUGCCUCUGAAAAGCAGUCUUACCCUGAGCUCUCAAGAUGAUAGCAACCAAGAGGAUGAGGGCCAAGAUAGCUCGCCAAAAUGGCCAGAUUCUGGCUCAAGUUCAGACGAAGAAUGCACUACUAGUUAUUUAACAUUAUGCAAUGAAUAUGGGCAAGAAAAGAUUGAACCAGGAUCACUGAGUGAGGAGCCUUUCGUAAAGACGGAAGGAACUGGUGUUGAUACCAAAGCUGUUGAAGGCUUCCCCACGCACCUUGUUGCUGACAGCCACAGCCCCAGCACCCAGCUGAUGGCACAUGAGCUGGAAUUGUCCCCUGGAAAUGAUGACCUGGAAACAGUUAGUUCUCCAAGGACAUCAGAUGCCCUCAGUAGAUCUAAAACCAGCUCCAUGGAAUUCUUUAGGAUAGACAGUAAGGAUAGCACUAGUGAACUCCUAGGACUUGAUUUUGGAGAAAAAAUGUAUAGUCUAAAGUCAGAGCCUUUGAAACCAUUUUUUACUCUUUCAGAUGGAGACAAGAGUUUUAAUAUCAGCGAAAGCAAAGUUAUAGCUCAGGACACCAUUAGCAGGGGCUCUGAUGACUCUGUCCCAGUUAUUUCUUUUAAAGAUGCUGCUUUUGAUGAUAUCACUGGUACUGAUGAAGGAAGGCCUGAUCUUCUUGUAAACCUACCUGGUGAAUUGGAGCCAACAAAAGAUGGUGCAGCAGUGGGACCUACUAAGUUUACACAGACUAAUGCAGGCAUAAUAGAAAGUAAGCUAUUGGAAGCCCCUGAUGUUUUAUGCCUCAGGCUUAGUGCCGAACAGUGCCAAGCACAGGAAGAAGAAAGCUCGGAAGAACUGAGUGACCCCUCUAAGCUUCCACCUGAUGGUGUAACAGAGGAACACUACGUACAGGGGAGUCCUGGGAUGUUAUUUGCAGCUGCUGUUGAUCAUAGUAGUUCGGACAUUUCCUUGAUGCAUAGCCCACACCCUGACUUUCAAGGACUCGGAGGGGACCAGUCCGCAGUGACUGCAAACAACACAGAGGAAAGCGUAUGCCCUGCUUCUGACCCACUCUCAGGUGCUCAUGAAGACGAUGCGGACACGGACACUUUAAAAACUGAGGAAGUCUUGCUGUUUACAGAUCAAGCUGAUGAUUUGGCUGAAGAGGAACAGACUUUAUUUCAGAGAGACUCUGUGACUAAGGGAGCCAGUGGGCAAGCACUAGAAGGAGACAAGGAGAUACAUCAGAUUUUUGAGGACCUCGAUAAAAAAUUAGCACUACACUCCAGGUUUUGCAUCCCAGAGGGCUGCAUUCAGAGAUGGGCAGCUGAAAUGGUGGUAGCCCUUGAUGCUUUACACAGAGAGGGAAUUGUGUGCCGCGAUUUGAACCCAAACAACAUCUUAUUGAAUGAUAGAGGACACAUUCAGCUAACGUAUUUUAGCAGGUGGAGUGAGGUUGAAGAUUCCUGUGACAGCGAUGCCAUAGAGAGAAUGUACUGUGCCCCAGAGGUUGGAGCAAUCACUGAAGAAACUGAAGCCUGUGAUUGGUGGAGUUUGGGCGCUGUCCUCUUUGAACUUCUCACUGGCAAGACGCUGGUUGAGUGCCAUCCAGCAGGAAUAACUACUCACACUACUUUGAACAUGCCAGACUGUGUCUCUGAAGAGGCUCGCUCACUUAUUCAACAGCUCUUGCAGUUCAAUCCUGUGGAGCGUCUUGGUGCUGGAGUUGCUGGCGUUGAAGAUAUCAAAUCGCACCCAUUUUUUACUCCUGUGGAUUGGGCAGAACUGACUAGAUGA